CCCAUGUGCCCUCCUUCCUGUCUCCACCAGCUCCUGCCUCUCAAUCAUUAGCUUCCCCUUCUUCUCCUCCUCCUCCUCCUCCUCUCCCUCUGUAUCUGCUUCAGAGUAUACUAGUCAAGACACUGAGCAACAAGUUUAUCUCUUCCAAAAAUCAACACAAAAACCAGAUCGUCUCAUGUCGAAUAACACCGAAGGAGUUAUGAUCUCGAACGGAGCAGCUAUACAGAGACAACAACAGCAACAGCAGCAAUCCUCCGACGGAGCUCUUGUCGUGAAGAAACCUCCGGCGAAGGAUCGACACAGCAAAGUCGACGGAAGAGGGAGGAGGAUCCGUAUGCCAAUCAUAUGCGCAGCUCGUGUUUUCCAGCUAACCAGAGAGCUUGGCCACAAAUCCGAUGGCCAAACUAUCGAGUGGCUACUCCGUCAAGCCGAGCCUUCUAUCAUAGCCGCCACAGGAACCGGCACAACGCCGGCGAGUUUCUCCACCGCAUCUGUCUCAAUCCGCGGCAACUCCACCACCAAUUCGACUUCUUCAACCUGCACUUUGUCCUCUUCUCUUCUUGAUCAUAAACCUUUGCUUGGAUCCUCGCCGUUUAUACUCGGAAAACGUGUGAGAGCCGAUGAGGAUACCGGAGGAGGUAAAGACGAGACAAUGGGAUCUUUUGCUACGCCGGCUGGGUUCUGGGCGGUUCCGGCGAGGCCAGAUUUCGGACAAGUUUGGAGCUUUGCCACUGGAGCUCCACAAGAGAUGUUCUUACAACAACAUCAACAACAACAACAACCAGGAGCUGCGCUUUUCGUCCACCAGCAGCAACAGCAACAAGCUGCGAUGGGUGAAGCUUCUGCAGCUAGAGUCGGGAAUUAUCUUCCGGGUCAUCUUAAUUUGCUUGCUUCUUUAUCCGGUGGACCUCCCGGGUCGGGUCGGAGAGAGGAUGACCCACGUUAAUGACAAAAGCUUUAUUGUGAGUGUGAUUGUUUCGCUGAAAUCGAACUGCUCCAGGAUGCACAUAAAUCUCUUUAAUGAGGCUUCUUCUUUUGGGGGUUCGAGUUGUGAUUUGAAUGUGAGAACAGAGGAUUAAGUAAAAAAAAAGACAGACCAGCUGUGUCGUCUGUAUGAAGUCUUCUACUUUUUAUUGCCUUCUUGUUUCAUACGAACUUUUGUCCUAUGUUUGGAAUUUGGAAGUUUGGUUUGUCACGAGAAAGAUUGAUUCAUUGUUUUGAAAACCUUAUGGCGACAGGACAUCUUUAAAUUAA